GGGCGGGGGGCGGGCCCCAGGGCUCCCCCUCCUCCCCCCAGCCCUCUCCUCUCUCUCUCCCUCUCUCACUCGCCAACUCCGGGCCCCAGCCGCGGGCGGGCGGGCGGGCAGACGGCGGACGGACAGCAUGCUGAGCCUUCUUGUCUGGCUCCUCACUCUCUCCGACACUUUCUCUCAAGGAACCCAGACCCGAUUUAGCCAGGAGCCAUCUGACCAGACGGUUGUGGCUGGGCAGCGGGCUGUGCUUUCUUGUGUGCUGCUGAACUAUUCUGGCAUCGUGCAAUGGACCAAGGAUGGCUUGGCUCUGGGCAUGGGCCAGGGCCUCAAAGCAUGGCCACGAUACCGGAUUGUGGGCUCAGCAGAAGCUGGGCAAUACAACUUGGAGAUUACAGAUGCCGAGCUGUCCGAUGAUGCUUCCUAUGAGUGUCAGGCCACUGAAGCUGCCCUGCGCUCCCGAAAGGCAAAACUCACUGUGCUGAUCCCCCCAGAAGAUCCUACGAUUGAUGGAGGUCCUGUCAUCCUGCUCCGGGCAGGGACACCCUACAACUUGACAUGCCGAGCUUGCAGUGCCAAACCUGCUGCCACCAUCGUUUGGUUCCGGGAUGGGACACAGCAGGAGGGGGCUAUGACCACAACGGAGGUGCUAAAAGACGGAAAGAGGGAGACCACAAUCAGCCAGCUACUCAUCUACCCCACAGAUUUGGAUAUUGGGCGUGUCUUCACCUGCCGAAGUACCAAUGAAGCCAUUCCUGGUGGGAAGGAGACCUCUAUCGAGCUCAACGUGCACCACCCACCCACUGUGACUCUGUCCAUCCAGCCCCAGACUGUGCAGGAAGGGGAGCGAGUUGUCUUCACUUGCCAGGCUACAGCUAACCCAGAAAUCCAAGGCUACAGGUGGGCCAAGGGUGGGAUACUGAUUGAAGAUGCUCAUGAGAGUCGCUAUGAGACAAAGGUUGAUUACUCCUUUUUCACGGAGCCUGUGUCCUGUGAGGUCCACAAUGAUGUAGGCAGUACCAACGUCAGCACACUGGUGGAUGUUCACUUUGCUCCCCGGAUUGUGGUUGACCCCAAACCCACAACCACAGACAUCGGCUCCGAUGUGACCAUCACAUGUGUGUGGGCUGGCAAUCCUCCUCUCACCCUCACCUGGACCAAGAAGGACUCCAAUAUGGUCUUGAGCAACAGUAACCAGCUUUACUUGAAGUCAGUAACCCAGGCAGAUGCGGGCAUCUAUACCUGCAGGGCCAUUGUGCCUCGGAUUGGAGUGGCUGAGCGAGAAGUGGCUUUGUUUGUAAAUGGGCCCCCCAUCAUCUCCAGUGAGGCUGUGCAAUAUGCUGUCCGUGGGGAUGGUGGCAAAGUGGAAUGUUUUAUUGGAAGCACACCACCCCCUGACCGAAUUGCUUGGGCCUGGAAGGAGAACUUCCUGGAGGUAGGGACUCUGGAGAGAUACACUGUGGAGAGGACCAAUUCGGGCAGUGGGGUGCUUUCUACUCUGACCAUCAACAAUGUCAUGGAGGCUGAUUUCCAGACCCAUUACAAUUGCACAGCCUGGAAUAGCUUUGGACCGGGCACAGCCAUAAUCACAUUGGAGGAGAAAGAAGUCCUUCCUGUGGGUAUCAUUGCUGGAGCUACAAUUGGUGCAGGAAUCAUCCUCAUCGUCUUCUUCGCUGCCCUCGUCUUUUUCCUCUACAGGCGCCGCAAAGGAAUCCACUUUCCAUUCCUAGGCCGAAAGGAUGUGACUCUGAGAAAGCUGGACAUUAAGGUGGAAACAGUGAACCGUGAGCCGCUCACCCUACACCCUGACCGGGAGGAUGACACUGCCAGUGUGUCCACUGCCACCAGAGUUAUGAAGGCCAUCUAUUCGUCAUUUAAGGAUGAUGUGGAUCUGAAACAGGACCUUCGCUGUGAUGACACCCGAGAAGAGUAUGAGAUGAAGGUCUGGAGUGGGAGUCCCGGAAUCGGCAGGGACCCCACCAAUGGCUACUACAAUGUCCGAGCACAUGAAGACCGCCCCUCUUCCCGGGCCGUCCUCUACGCUGACUAUCGUGCUCCAGGCCCUGCCCGCUUUGAUGCCCGCCCCUCCUCUCGUCUCUCUCAUGCCAGUGGCUAUGCCCAACUCAGCACCUACACCCGGGGCCCUGCCCCCGACUAUGGCCCUGAAGCCCCUGCCCCUGGCCCUCCACCCCCAGGCGGUGGUGAGCAAGCCAGUCAGCUCUCCUAUGAGAACUAUGAGAAAUUUGGCCCCCACCCCUUCCCAGGGGCAGCCAACUACCCCACUUACCGGCUCGGCUACCCUCAGCCCCCUCCCCCGGGGCUGGAGCGGACCCCCUAUGAGGCAUAUGACCCCAUAGGCAAGUACGCCACAGCUACUCGCUUCUCCUACACAUCCCAACACUCAGACUAUGGCCAGAGGUUCCAGCAGAGGAUGCAGACUCAUGUGUAGGGAGCCUCUGCGGGGCAGAGGAGAAGGCUCUCUGGACUGUUCCCUGAUAUUCAGGGGCAUUGCCGUUUGCUUCCGUCUUGAACCUAUCUUCCCCUCACCCUUACCCCUGCCCAGCUCUCCUCCCACUGCCGAUGGGGGGGAAGAUUAUGUGUCUGAAACACCCCCUGUCCCAAGGAUGGUGCUUCAUACCCCAAACACUUGGGACUAUCCUACUCUCUCUCCUGGAGAGACUUUUCCCUUCUGGCUGGUUCCCGACUCCUAUACUUCCCCACUCCUGGACACGGAGGCAGGGAGAGUAAGGACUGGGGAAGGGACAGAGUUCAGUUUUGUUCUUCGUGUGUGUGUCUCUGUCUCUGUCUUUCUGCUCCCCCCGUCUCUCUCGUCUCAUGACAUGGGGAUCUUGGUUGGGGGGAAGGGAGAUGCUGAGCAGGAGUGGCCAGGCUGGGGGCCAGCAGAGUCCUUAGGAAGGAAGGACAGGGCUACCACCAAUAAUGAAACUCAGGUCAGGAGCCCCUGGCUGGGCCUCCUGCCAUGCCCCACACCCUGGAUUUGCCCUCUCCCUAGAUGGAGGCUGGACAAAGAAGCGCGAAUCCUAUUUCGAGGGUGACUCUAGUCGGCUUCAACCAGAACACAAAUGCUUCUGCAGCUGGCCACUGCUGCUGCUUCUGUGUUCGUCCCCUCUGUGGGGAGCCAGAAUUCCCCCGUGUCUCCUCCUCCAGCCCGAUUCCUUCCUUUAGAGAGAAAGUAUGGUACGGUGGAAAGAGCAUUUGAUUAGGAGUAAAAGGGUUCUUGGGUUUAAAAUGAUGGUUAGGCCUGUUCCCACCAGCAAACCCCUGGCCUGGCAGAGAAGUCAAUGAUUCAAGGAAUAAAUAGGGGAAAAAAAACAAAAACAAAACACCAGAACCCUGGGUCUUAAUUCACCAGCAAAGGGGAAUAAUGUGCUUUGGUGCAGUACCUAAAAUUGGCACCAGAGGGAGCCCCGACCUCUCUGUCUUCCCACUACCACCCACCUCCCCAUCACCAUCAGCCUCAUCUCUCCCUAGUUAUGCCCUAUUUUGUCUUUGUCUCUGGGUGAGAAAGGGGUGCAGGGGUAGUAUGGAGGGCAACCAAGAGCCAGUAGACAAUUUUCAUAAAUUUCUUCAGGAAACAAACAAACAAAAAUCGUAAAACGAUCUUAAAAAAAAAAAAAAAUGCCCUCCCAAACGUAAGCCCCAACAGAGAAAAGAGGGAGAAGAAUGUCAGAAGCUCAGAUGGGCAAGAGUGGGCUCUGCUUCUCACCCAGGAAUGGGCAUUCUCCAUCACCCUUCCAGUCGCCAAGCACUUUGAAUACUUAUUUUAUUCAGGCAGUGGAACAAGUCGAGUGGUCUGAUUCACAGGCUGAGUUGCCAUAACCUGGAAAAAAGAUGGGUUAGGAAGACCUUUUCCUGAAGGAUAGAACUGCCAGUGAAAUCCUCAGAUGGAUUUUUCUGUUAAAGUGUCUUUUGUUUGUUUCUUCUGGCUCAGCCAGAACUUUUAGUCCACUUUCAGUGCCUUGAACAUCAACCUUUUGUUGACCACCCUGUUGGUGGGAGCCAGGUGCCCCUGAUGAAUUAAUUCUCCUAGCAGAGGUGUCUAGGAAGAGAGAUUAAUACCUAGAAAUCGGUAGAAUUUUAAAAAGUAACCUCAUUCCACAUCCCAUCCCCAGGCCUUCUAAGUAGUCUAAUCUCUCUACCUGGCACCUGUCCCUCAGUCUCCACCCUUCUAACCAAAGAGAACAGGAGCUGGGGGAGUAGGUUUAGACCUUGCCCAAGCCUCUAUCCCUCCAAAAGUAAUGAAAGGCAGGACUCAUCUUUUUGGAGGGGAAAAGCAGCUGUGGAGCCUCUGGUCUAUUUCCCAUAGAUUAUUUCCCAGAAUGCACCAUGCUCCUUUUUGGUGGUCACUGUUCAUUAAUCCUGUUCAUGUUAACGAGCUACAUGCUCAUCAGCUACGCGCCAUCAACACCCUUAUGGAUGGGUCUGUGGGAUGACAUUCACCCAACCUCUCCUGUGUAAGGACAGAGUUUGUACUUAGGAAGUAGGCCCUGCUUCAAAUAUACAGGUUAAUCAGUUAAAAUCCAAGGUGGGUGCUGGGGGGUGGCUCACAUAUUGGAGAUAAUCUGGUGAGUUCCAAACUUCUCCAUCUAAAAGUUAACUUCCUUUGAAGUUGUUCAUGGGGAAAGCUCUCUAGGAAGAUUUCUUAAAAUGAUAGGUGUCUAUAAACAAAUCCAGUCGUCAAUCAUUUGGGCUAAAGGAGGGAAUGAAAUCCAGAGAUCCUAAGUGAUCUAAAUCUGAAAAUAAUCUGAUUAGUUGGAUUUUUUAAAAUAGAAAAACCAAAGGGUUAUUCCUCUUUGGUUUAAGAGUGGCCAAUGAAGACAUGUUAAAAAUGUAUAUUUAUCUGAUUCCCUUCUUUCCAGGCUGAGGUGCCAAUGUUUUUCUCUUUUCAAUUCAAAUGUUAGAACUUCUUGUUUUAUAUUUCCUCAACCCUGGCUAGGUAGUAGGAAUAGAAAAAGUCCUAGGGAAGUGUGGAAAAUUUGGUAGGUUUUGAAACCACUUGAAGAAGGUAGGAUCUAAGUCUGUGUGUGUGUGUGUGUGUGUG